CCUCGCUCCCUGCCCCAGUCUGCCGUUCCUCAGAUCGUUGUGCGUCAUCGACCAACACACACACGUUGUCUAAUCGAUUGACCCGCCGUUACAAAAAGGCUGGCGACCCACCAAAGUGUUUCCGUUGUAUUCUCUUCUGGUCCACUUUUUGCCGGCUUAUUACGUGACUCCCCAAGUGUUUUUUUUUUCUUACCGGAGGGAGGUAUCCAUCGAAUAGAGGACAAAGAUUAAGAAGAUUCUCUUUUCGAUUGCUGGGGGGGAAAUGAGUUCGACCGGAAGCAAUGCGGGUAUGCCGCCACCGGCUGCUCCCGCCGUUUUCAAUAUGCGCGAAAUGCGAGAAUCGCUCGCAUUGGCUGAACAAUUGGCCAAGGCGUCGAUGACGAGCAACAAGAGCCGCGCUCAUCAAUUGCAACAGCUGGACGCCAACAAUAACAACGAAGGAGAGGAAACGCCUCGUACUUACGUUCCUCCUAAACAACUACUCCUCUAUUUGGUCAGAAUGGGUAGUUUCACCUCGGCGCCCAAAAUGGUCAACGAUGACGUCCAGGACGACGACGUCGACUUUGAAGGCAUCCGCACGGUCGAGGAUAUGAAGCAACGCUGCCGCAAAGAAUUGGCCGCUCUUCCGCCCAGGAUCGAACGCAAUUUCCCUUCUGAAAAACCGGUCAAUAGUAUCCGCUUACUCCAGUGGAACAUUCUAUCGCAAUCGCUAGGAGAACAUAACGAUAAUUUCGUCUGCUGCCCGCUGGAAGCUCUCGAUUGGCGUACUCGGCGCUAUCGCAUUCUCGAAGAAAUUAUUGAAUACAAUGCUGAUAUUAUUUGCCUACAGGAAGUCGACCAUUACCAGUUUCUAUCGAGGGCCUUGCGCACUCAGGGAUACGAGGGUAUCUACUUUCCUAAACCGGAUUCUCCAUGCAUUUACAUCAAGGGUAACAAUGGUCCUGAUGGAUGUGCUAUCUUUUAUCGCGUCAAUGAUUAUGAACUGAUCAAAGUGGAAACUCGGAUCGUGGAAGUCUGGCGCGUUCAAAGUAAUCAGGUGGUUAUCUUGACCAUGCUGCGGCAUAAAGCCACUGACCGACAGAUUUGCGUUGCUACAACGCACCUCAAGGCCAGGCAAGGUGCCCUACUGUCGACGCUGCGCAACGAACAGGGAAAAGACAUCCUCGACUUCCUGGAGAACAACAUCGAUGGAGCCGAUUGCCCCGUCAUUAUAGCGGGAGAUUUUAACGCUGAGCCGACUGAGCCUGUCUAUUCCACUAUCCGAUCUGACCCGCGUUUCGGACUCGAUUCGGCUUAUCGAUGCGAUGGAAUCGUCCAAGGCGCCGCAGAUGCUGGACAAGAGCCUCCUUACACGACGUGGAAAGUGCGCGGCGAAGGCGAGUGCUGUCACACGAUCGAUUACGUCUUCUUCAGUCGGCGGCAACUAAGCGUCGGCCAGGUGUUACCUUUCCCCACUGGAGAGCAAAUCGGUCCCGAUCGCGUUCCUUCCUUCCAAUAUCCGUCCGAUCACUUUUCGCUGGUCGUAGACUUUGACCUACUUCCUUCUUCCGACGCCAGCCAAGCAGACGUCGUCUUCAAUAAGCUCUUGUGCGUUUAGUUGAACCAUCGAGUAAAAAAAAAAAGAAAGAAAAAGAAAAAAAAAAGAUAAUAAUAAUACUGUACAUAUUUUGUUGUUCAGCGACAUUACGAUCAUAGUGAAAAUUGUGUUUUUUUUAAGUCUCUAAAACUUGAAUUGAUUUUUGACAAUCCAUCUAGGCUUUCUAGAAUGCCUAUUACUAUUUAUUUUUCCAUUUGAAAAUGAUUCUUCUUCGUUUGUUCCUUUUUUUUUUAAAUUGACGUGUCACUUGUAAUGCGUAGGUACCAAUUAUACAUAAACGCUGUUUCAAAUGACAACGGGUGACGGUAGAGAUAAAUACACGCCUGUUUUGCGA